UCUGAGGUUGCAACAGGAAGUGAUGUGGCGUGACGGGGAUGGACUUCCGCGUCACAGUGAGGUGCAGGCAGUCCGUCAGAUGAAGACAAGUUUAACUGCAGGGUGUGGCGUCGAUCUCCACAAACCCUCAGGUGAAUAUGUGACGGGCGGUUGUUUGUCUCCUCGUGUCCCAGCAGAGAAGCUCAAAUCAGACACGUCAGAAGUUGAUAGAUGAGACGCUCAGUAGCAAAGACACAACGUCCUACUGAAACAUGGACCAAGGAGGAUGUCCACAGGUGGCUGAUGACGGAGGUUAAAGUUCAUGAAACCUAUGCUGACAAAUUCUGUGAAGAGGAAGUGUCAGGAGACAUUUUGCUUGACUUUGGGAAGACAGACAUAUUGGAUUUGGGAAUAAAACACGGUCCUGCGGUCAAAAUCACAUCUUACAUAGAGCGUCUAAAAGUAGGACAACAGCAAGAAUCGCAGUUCCCUGCAUAUGUGGAGAGUUGGACAAAGGAGCAAGUCAACCAGUGGUUAGUGCAGCAUGUGAACUUAUACAGCAAAUAUGCAGAACGCAUCAAAGUGGAGGAUGUGUCUGGAGAUUGCCUUGUUUGCUUCAGGAAGCAGGAUUUUCUGGACCUGGAGGUGAAAAGUGGUCCUGCUGCAAAGAUCCUGGCAGAACUUCGUAAAUUAAACAAGACACCAGAGCCAAUACUGCAACCCAUCCUUCACACCAGCGCAGGCCAAAAAGAAGCUCCAAAACCUGAUCAGCCAGAACUGAGUCUGGCUCAGGCCACAGCAACCAAACAACAAGAGUCAUAUGACGAAACUGAAUCAAAAACAGGCAGCGUGGUAGAAAACAAACCUGAAAAGACCGAUCCAUUCAAGAAAGCUUCAGGGAAGGACGAAAUCCAGCAGCCAAAGCCACAGAACUUAGGAACGAGGAGCAGAGAAACUGCAGAGACCGCAGUUUUUCCAGAGAAUCCCAAGAUUAUUGUCUUGAUCCAAGAGACCCUAGCACAUCUGAAAAAAGAGGACCUAAAAAAAUUUCAUUUCCACUUAAAAAAUUACACUAAAUCCAAGCAUAGACCUAUUCCUGGGGGCAGUCUGGAAGACAAGGACACCAUGGACACCACUAAGUUAAUGACUGACCACUAUGGAAGCAAGGAGGCUUUACGAGUCACAAAAGACCUUCUAGAAAGUAUCAAUCAGCGCGAUCUUGUUUGUCAACUGGAAAACUACUUGGAUCAACCGGAGCAGCAGACUCCUUCAAACGCAGUUUUGAAGAAAGAAGCUAACCAGGGUGACAAGCUAAAGAAUUUGUUAACUUGCGGUGGGAACGCACUGGACAACUAUGACAGAUUUGUUGUUGUUGUAAACAAGAGCAGCCCAGAACAAGUGCAGUAUCUCCAGUUUUUGAGUAAGCUUAAACUGUUUUGUGUGCUAGACUUUGACCCCAACUCAGCUAGUCCAGGUGGACUGUGUUAUUCAUACAGAGAUUCAAGGGUGGCAAAUCUGCACACACCAUCACAAUAUCAAGGCCAGACAGACUCAGUGAUAAAGAAGCUUAACCUUUACAAGCAGGUGAGCUGGGUCUUCUGCAAUGGCAGACAUGAUCUUGACAAUGACUCAAACAAGGAAUUAGAUUAUAGGAACUGGCUUAGGAAAUCUUGCAAAGAUGUAGAGCAGUUGGUUUCAUUCAUUUGCAACCCAGAAGUUCUUCCCCUUGGAAGAAGUCUCAUCAUAUUCCUCCUACUUAGGCCUGUGACCACAGAGAAAGACCCAGUCUUGGACACCUACAAGUCUUUCAUAAAACACACUGAAGAGGAAAGCAUCAUCACCAUUUGUGAAUCGCAAAAUACAUAUUUCAAAUGGAGGAAACUUGUACAAGAAAAGUGUGAUUAUGACAUUGACCAUCUCUCUAUAAAUGAACUAACCCUAAGUGAGAUCAAUGGCACGAUAAUGGCACUGGGGCCAUCCAGUCAGUCAUCUGUAAGGUUGCUUCCCUCCUCUGGUUCCAGCUUUGUUGUCCUGAAACAGAAGGAUGAAGAUUUCAUGACUGCUCUGGAAAUUUUGUGUCGGAAUCAGUGUGAGAACAUUUAUGAUGAAAACAGUCCAGAGUUUCAUGACUUCAGAAUCAAAGUUGAGGAGGAAUUCUACAGAGGAGGCAAAGUAAAAUGGUGGAACUUCUACUUCUGUGACAAAGACAAAGAGAAACCCUUCGUCAAGCGGGACAAGUAUGAAAAUGUGAGGAGCAUGAUUAGGGCUCAGUUGAAGGAUUCAAAAAACAUGUGUGAUCUGCUCACUCUGUUCCACCAUCCAGGCUGUGGUGGCACCACCUUAGCAAUGCAUGUGAUGUGGGAUCUCCGUAAAGAGUUCAGAUGUGCUGUGCUGAAAGACAACACUCUGCCAAACGCAGAAGUUGCCUUCCAGGUCAGAAGGCUCAUGAAGCUUGAGAGUGACAAACCGUCUCCAGUUUUGCUGUUAGUCGAUGAUUCAAAAGAAACCGAAAAUCCUCGUGAACUUGUGAACUGCAUACACAAAGCUGCAGUCGAGGAUGGUUUAAACAUACAUGUGGACGAGACCCAAAACUGCAAAGUCAUCAUACUUAACUGUGUUCGUUCUCAUAGCCCCAAGGAGCAAUACAGAAAGCACAGUCACAUGCAAAGUCAGUACAUAACUGCUUCAUUAACACAAGAAGAAAAGAAGGAGUUUGAAAAGAAACUUAAAGAGCUCCAAGAAACUCAUGAAAAACCUGAAAACUUUUACAGCUUCAUGAUCAUGAAGAGCAAUUUUGACAAAAAAUACAUAAGUGAUCUUGCUCAUAACACACUGGAGAACUUUGAUUUCAGCUUAAAGAAGGACCAGCUGUUUGCUUUUCUAGCUUUACUUAACACCUAUGUGGCCGAGUCUGAGAUCUCGCUCUCACUCUGUGAAGACUUUCUGGGCAUGAAAAUGAUUCGCUUUCAAGAGGACAAUAUAAUGGACAGGAUGAAGCCAUUUUCAUACCUUCUUAUCAUAGACACAGUUGAAUGGGGAUGCAAAGGAAUCCGAAUCCUUCAUCACUCCAUAGCAUCUGCGUGUCUGGAAGAGCUGGAGAAAAGUUGCUGUUUAAAAGUAAGUGAUAUCACUAUGGCAAUUCUUUUCUGUGAUCUGUUCUUCAGUGCUGGAGUUGUCAAAGACCGAUUCAUGCUUUCAGUUAAACGAAUGUUGAUUGAAAGGCAGCGCAGGAAAGACGGAGAUGAGAGAGAACCAUUUUCUCCUCUCAUAGACAAAAUCCACAGCCAGCAACAGAGACAAGCUGUCCAAGAAAUCUUUGUGAAGGCAUCAUUCAGGUUUGUGACAAGUGCAUCUAUUCCUCAGGCCCUGGCGAGAUAUUUGUACAUCAAAGAGUGUGACUUCCCAGAGGCUCUCAAAUGGGCCGAGAAGGCCAAGAAGAUAAAAGAAAACCCUUACAUGUUUGACACAGUUGGGCAGAUUCACAAGAGCAAUUUAAAAACUAACAUCUGCAAAGAAAAGCAAGAGACGUCACACAAUCCAGAAGACUUAAACACAAAUAUAAAAUUAGCAGCUAAUGCUAUUGCAGCAUUCAAAAAGGCUCAACACCUGGCAGCUACACAGGUUGAGCCCGAGGAGGAAGUUGCUGAUGUUGAGUCGGACGACUAUCCCAGAAAGUCAUACAGCAUCUAUGGCUAUGUGGGCAUGUUGGAAAUUGCUUUCCUGGUUUUUGACAUAUUGAGCAGAUUGCCAUUCUUUGAGGAAAGUGAUCCAAUGAAGAAGAAGUAUUUGCAGAAUUUUCUGCAAAACACAAUCCCAAUCCACAGUGUGUAUAAGGAGGACAACGAGAUCAACAACAGAUACGUAGAGAUCAUCAAAGAACACGAACAGUUUCUCCUCGGUUUGAAAACUGAAGUAAAAGAAACUUUUGAACUUCUUAACUGUUACUUCAUGUAUAUAAAAGCGCACAAUUCAGAAUUUGAAUCAAAGAAUCGUGAAACUGUCUGUGAUCUUUUUAAAGACUAUGUAAACCUUUUUUGCACUGCACCAGAGGAAAUGAAAAAAGAACGACAAAACAAUCCUAAUCUCAAUCUGAAAAUCGAUAUUAAAGAACGAAGACUGUUCCUUGAGAAGAACCAAGCAGAUACGUUUGCAGGAAUUCUUCAAUAUUUGGACAGACCUGCUAAAGAAAUUGAAAGUAUCACAGAUUGCUAUGCAUUCCUGCAACAGCAACAACAAUUCAUCAACAAGAAACAAAAAACAAAAGAAACCAUCAAUUACAUUUUGUCAAACGUAAUUCUUUACACUUUAAAACCAAAAUCUAAGAAUGUAAAGAGUCACAGCGACCUCUCUGAUCUACUUCUGAAAACUCUGCAAGAUGUCGGACUUGGGUAUCCCUUCCCAGAUCCAUACUACCUGGCUCUGCUGUUAUUCUGGCCAAGUCCUACUCAGGAAAAUGCAGAAAUCAUGGCAUACGUGAGAGCAAUUCGAAACUCAUCUUACAAGCAGCUGACUCCUCUGUUUCCAAAGAGGAGCACUGUUGCCCACCUUUACCUGGGGAAAGAAGAGGGGCUCAAGAGGCUUGUCUCUAAACCACAACUAGAUAGGAAUUUUAAAAAUUUUAAAAAUUUAAAAAAAAUAAAAAAAAUUCAGCGUGAAACUCUAGCACAACUUUGGCGGAAUGGAGAUAUAUUUAAAGAGAAAGCAAUUACCGACUGCCUUCAUCGAGUCAGUGGUACCAUUGAGCAAGGAGAGGUGUUUGCCAGUUAUGGAAAAAUUAAAAUCCCUGUGCGUUCAGCUCUCAUUGAUGGCGUAAGAAGCGGUUGCAGCACAGAAAAGGUUUCUUUCUACCUUGGUUUUGCUAUUAAAGGACCCCUUGCUUACGAUAUCCAGUAUGAAAACUAGGGUAGAUAAUCAAUCUGAGACAUGAACUGUACAAUGAGGAAAGAAAGCUAAGACAGCCAGUCAGAAUCCUUUUCACGUUAUUUUGUUUCUAAAUAUUUUUUAUCUAUUUUCUUACAGUUUUUUGGUUGUUGUCCAACGCACACAUGGCACAUUUACCGGACUGUGGCCUAUUGGUUUAUCUGCAACUGCAAAUAUCAUAAUGCAGUAAAGGCAGCACAAGUACUGUGACAUGAGCUGCAAAAUCUGAAACAUGCUGUGAUGGAAUUUCACACAGAAAAAUACAAGCAAUGAGAACUAAAGCAAACUGCAGGGUUAAAAGCUGUAUAUGUGUACCUGUUUAUAUAUCUUAUAAAUAUUGUUAUUCACCAUGUUGUUUACUGUCUGUUGCAGAGUCACAAAACUCUCAUAUCUAAUUAUCUGCAAGUACAAAUAUCAUAAGUGAAAAUAAACUAAUGCUUAUAUUCUCAAAGACAAAAGAGAUCAAAAAGCUCCAAAACUCCCAAAUCUGAGCUGAGAUCAGUUAAUUGGUCAAUCAGUCAUUUUCUAUUUUUUUGUUUGACUUAACAUUUAACUUUAUGUAUAUAUGUUAUGCAUCAUUGUAAUACUGGUUAUUUGUAGUACAAAGUCAGGCCACAGAGUGUCAGUCUUUUCUGUGUCUACAGCUCUUUAACAAGUUCAAAAAACUAUUUUACAGAUUCUGGGUCAAUGUAACACGUAAAUAAAAUGUCCCAGUUAUUUUUAGUCAUUAUUUUAUUUAAUGUAAUCGGAUUAUCUAUUUUUCCAGUCUUCAUAGUUUCAGCCAUCUGAGGACUGGCUAAUAUUUACAACACUGACCUUCGACCUCCUAACUUUUGAGUUUAGGAAUCCUUUUCAUUCUGUCGUCUUGAUAAUGGAUUAGAGCUGUAACGUACCUACAGCUAAAAAAAUAAACUAUCCCCACGGACGAAACAAAUACAUAAAACUGUUGAUUGUGUGCCUCUUCCCUUCGCGGACUCACCUCCUCCUGUCCGAUCCCGUCUCUGCUCUGGAUCCCCCGCCGAUUAUCUGUUGGCUUUGUUUCCUGUACGACUCACUGGUUUCCUCGUCUGUUGGAGUUUCGCCUCAGACCACACACCUUUGCGCUCAGGUGUCGCCCAGGUCCUGUGUGGGGUGGCACCUCUCAGUGACUGUUUGCUUUGAAAGACUUUGAGUAUUCUUGUGCACAGUGGAUUUAUUUUGUACCUCAAUAAAGUUUUUUUUUAAUCUGA